GGUGGAGGCGCUGAGGAGGCGAAUAGAGGGGCUGAUGGAGGAGGAGCAGGAGAGACAGAAGGAGGUGGAGAGGCUGAGGGAGGAGGUGACGAAGAGGGAGGCGCGUAUCAGCCACAUGAUGGAGAGACUUCAGCAGGAGGAGGGAGAGAAGGAGAGACUGGAGGAGGAGGCGAAGAUCACGGAGGUCAGGCUGAGAGAAGAGGAGGUGAAAAGGGAGGAGGAGAUGGAGGCGCUCUGCGACCGAAUGGAGAGACUAGAAAGAAAGGAGGAGGAGAGGGAGGAGGAGAUGGAGCGAUUGAGGAGUGAAGCAGAGGAGGCGAAAAGAUGGAGGGUGGAGGAGCUGGAGGAGGAGCUUAACAGACUGAGAAAAGAAACCUCCGAGCUAGAGGAGAGGAGAGAGAAAGAGAGACUGCAAGACGAGGAGGAGAGGAGGAAGAGAAGAGAGGAGGAAGUGGACCAACUCAGGGGGGAAGCGAGGAGAGCAAAGGAGGAGGUGGAGAGGCUGAGGGAGGAGGUGGGGGAGGUGGAGCUGCUGAGGGUGAGGCUGAACGUGGCCAAGGAGGAAUGUGAAGAGAUGAAGGAGGAGGUGCAGCAGAGGGAGCGCAGCCUGGAGCGACAGAUGAGCACUGUGAGGGAGUGGGAGGAGGAGGUGGAGGAGCUGAAGAGGCAGGUGAAGUUGGCAGAGGAGCAGAAGGAGGAGGGAGAACGGGAGCAUCGGGAGGCGAACAACAAACUGAAGCAGAAAGCCGGGAGGGAGGAGCAGCUGGAGGCGCUGCUCAAAGAAACCCGACUGCUCCUGGAGAAAGAGAGGAGGGAGGGAGUAGAAAAAGAUGUCACAGUCUCUUCCCAGGCCAGGGAGGUGCAGGCAGCCCGGGCCGAAAGGGAGGGAGCAAGAAGGAAAGCCAUAGAGAGGGAGGAGGCCUGCAACAGGCUGGAGGAGGAGGUAAAGGAGUGGAGGGAGAAGGCUGAGCAGAGCUCGAGGGAGGUGGCAAAGUUCAACCACGUCCUGAAGGAGCGGGCGGAGGAGGUGCAGUACCUGAGAGCAAUGCUGGAGGAGGAUGGGAGAGAGAGGGAGGCGCUGAGGAGACUAGAGGUGGAGAGGAGGAGAAGGCUGGACAGCAAGCUGAUAGAGAUGGAGGAGGAGAAGAGG